AUGGCAGUACAGAAACCGCAGGAUAAACUGUUAAUCAACAUGAUGGAUGGCGAUGAUCGAAAAUAUAAUGAUAAUUUGCAACUCAACGAAGACCGUGCGUCUUUAUUCUGGAUAAUUAGAGAGGAAAGAAUUCCAUACACCAAGCCAAAGCAUACCCCAUUCACAAUCAAAACGCUAAAACGUCUACAAAGUAAUUACUAUUAUCACAAAGUUUUGGGCUUCAAUGAUUCCAAAAAGAAAUCUAUAGAUCCCACAAAGCGUUAUUCAGAACUGUUAGUAAAUACUAUCAAAGAAUCAUUUAAGGUAGGAACAACCCCAAAGGAUAGAGAAUGCAAAAUUAAAGCUACCAUGAAAUUUCCAAAUGAUGUGGAUUUCUACUUCCAUCAUGGACUAUUAUCGGCGUCAUGCGAUAAUUUAAGUAGAGAAAAUGUUACUACGAUAAAAGUGAAGAAGGGCACUAUCCGAGAACCUGUUCAAGAAACUGUAAAUUCAGACGAUGUAAUUCAAGCCAAGGACAUUAUCGUAGACCUUGGUAAGCCUCACGUUUAG